UAAAAUAAACAAUGUUUUAAAUAUAAUGUACAUGAGAUGCGUUCGACAUUACAAAUCGGAGGUGUCCGUUUGCUCUUUCACCUCGGAAAUUGUUCGGCCAACUCGUAUCUUUCUAGCUGCUACAUGUCAUCUCAUCUACGUUUGUACAAUGAAGUCCAACAAGAAUCUAAGUAAUAGUGGACUGUGGGGCGAGUUGCCUGCACGAGAGAUGAUCAAGCAGGAAGUGAUAACUCCAGAUCUAAUAGAAAAUGUGUGGCGACAAGUCAUGGACGAUUCAAAUAGCACCGACUGUGAUUACCGUAUUGAUCGACAACCUGAAUACUUGCAAUUGCCAAUGGGAAAUAUACAUGUACUAAACACUAUAAAUCUUCACCAACAAUUACGUACAAUGGAAGAAGGAACUAUGCUUGGGAAAAAAAAUAUGACUGUUGUCGAGUCGUCGGAUUCAAAAGAUACAACGAGUUCUAGAAAUCUAUUUCAUUUUCUGCCUUAUCAAUCAAAAAGGAAUACAUUUAAAGAUGGUUCUACUAUAAAUUACUUAACACCAAAAACUUCACGAAAUUUAUUAAGGCACACUGUAACCACGUUGUUAGCGCACAUAGGAUUUGAAAACUCGUCAGAUGUAGCUAUAGAAACGCUCACCGACGUUGCAGAUCACUUUCUGAGGCGGAUGACUUUUCUGUUGAAAGCAGCGUCUGAACAGAAGGAACAUGGAUUUCCUGAUGCUGUGGAAAGAGUAAUGUUGGAGACAGGCGUGGGAGAUGUAUCAACGUUGCAUGACUAUUACCAGGAAUACGUCUUGAAGUUCGAGGAGAACAUAAAGAGAAAAGUCGAGGAAAUGAUGGAGAGACAGAGGCAACUUGAACUUAAUGCUUGUAGUAUUAAACUGGAUGAGGCGGCCCACAAGUUGCAAUUCGAAGAACUAGACGAGUUCGGCAAUGUGUAUCGUGAAGUCCCGACGUUGCAGUUGUUGGAUCCUGACAUGGGAUUUCCACCAAGUCUGGACGCUGGCUUUCAAAUGCUCUACAGUCUUGAACAGGACGAAUAAACUCUCUCCUUUGCAAGUUAAAAUGAUGAUCGUGCUGCUUCGAACUUCCAAAUUCAAUAGCAUAGAAAAGGAAGAAGUGAACGUGAGCAAAUCCUUGAUCGUGGAGCAAGACGAUCAGACAAUAUUUGAGGAUAAAACGAAAUGUUAAUUUAUACAAGAUUCAUGAUUCCCAUUUGUCAACUCGCAACGUGCAUUUAUCGAGACUUAA